AUGGAGAGACCUGUCAGCGAAAAGCAAAGCGACGGUACAUCUGCCGAACCCGCAGAGACGACAGUGACCCACGAGGAGAAUGCCCUCCACGAAGACGUAUACGACAUCUCGCAGAACAAGAGGCUCAACCGGAUCCUCGACCUCAGGAUCAUCCCACUAUGCUGCUGGCUAUACCUCCUGAACUUCCUCGACAGGGGCAACAUCGGCAAUGCCCGAGUCCUCAACCAGGAGACGGGGGACGAUAUGCUCCACCAGACACGCAUGACCUCGACGGACUACGCCAUCACCUUGUCUGUGUUUUCCCUCGCCUACGCGCUGUUCGAGGUGCCGUCAAACUGGGUCAUGAAGCAUUACGUCCGGCCGUCUGUAUGGUUGGCUCUGCUUCUCGGCUGCUGGGGCGUGGCGACGAUAGGGUUCGCCGGGGUCCGGAACUACGCGACCGUACUCGCGUUGCGCCUCCUCAUCGGGGUCUUUGAGGCUGGUUUCUUCCCCGGGAUCGUCUAUCUGAUAACUAUCUGGUACCGUCACAACGAACGAGCGCUGCGGAUCGCGCUGGUGAUUGCCUUCUGCAACCUUGCUGGGGCGUUUGGCGGCGCCAUCGCAUACGGCAUUGGGCACGUCAACGGCGCUGGUGGAUUACAGGGUUUCCGGUGGCUGUUCAUCAUCGAAGGGCUCAUCACGGUCGUGAGCGUGCUGCCGACCUUGCUCAUACUGCCGGACUAUCCUGCGCGCGCCAGGUUCUUGACGAUCGACGACAAGCGGCUGGCUGAGGAUCGACUCAAAGAAAGGGGAGGCGGCUAUAACAGAGAGCAUGCCACGAGGAAAGAGAUUAUAGCGACGUUUGUGAGCCCGCGGAUGUUGGCACAUUACUUCGCAUAUAGGCUGAACGCUCUACCCGGUUUGAAGAUCGCGAACGUGGUUUUGCAAGGGUCCUUCACAUUCUACUCCCCGACCAUCGUCACAGGUCUCGGAUACAAGUCCAUCCAGGCGCAGCUCAUGACGGUUCCGCCUUGGUGCAUCGGCUUCUGCGUUGCCAUCAGCCUCUCCUACUCGGCUGACCGCUUCGAUGCCCGAGGUUGGCAUAUCGUGGGGGCGUCCAUCGUUGGAGGAGCCGGCUGGCUUACAGCUGGCCUGCUGCCGCAUGACGCCUACACAUCGCGAUAUGGCUGCCUCUGCCUGGCUGCCGUUGGGGCAUUCCCGUGCGCGCCGUCGAUGACAAACUGGGUCACCUGCAACACACCCAGCCUUCUCACAAUUCCAUUUGCCAUCGCUGUCCAUAACUCGUGCGCUGGGAUCGGCCAGAUCAUCGCACAGUGGAUCUGGAAACCGGCCGAGGCGUCCCAGGGCUACCCCACGGGCAACUUCACCUGUGCGGCCUGCUGCUUCUUUGUCGCGGCUGUGGCGGCUGGUCUCCGACUCCUGUAUGCCAAGAUGAACAGAGAUGGGGCUCGCGAUGCCCGAGGCGAGAAGCGAGUGUGGUCUUACUAA